UUUUGGUGGCCGGGCGCGGAGGUGAUUCCACACUGGGGCGAGCGCGGCGGCCGAGGUGGCAGUGGCAGCAUUCGUGUGCUCGGGUCUGAAUCGCCGAAGGAGGAGGCAGUGGAGGAAGAGGUGGCGGCGGUGGCGUUAGUCGUAGCGGUGGCGGAGGAGGCGGGUACGAAUCAGCUGCGGGCGGAGACAUGGCCAACAUCGCGGUGCAGCGAAUCAAGCGGGAGUUCAAGGAAGUGCUGAAGAGCGAGGAGCCCUAUUCGCAACAUGAGAUUGCAGAAACAAACAAAGCAAGGAAACCCAUGGGAUUUCACCAGGCUAAUAGGUUGGUGUCUCUCUUUAUUAAGACGAGCAAAAAUCAAAUUAAAGUAGAUCUUGUAGAUGAGAAUUUUACAGAAUUAAGAGGAGAAAUAGCAGGACCUCCAGACACACCAUAUGAAGGAGGAAGAUACCAACUAGAGAUAAAAAUACCAGAAACCUAUCCAUUUAAUCCCCCUAAGGUCCGGUUUAUCACUAAAAUAUGGCAUCCUAAUAUUAGUUCUGUCACGGGGGCUAUUUGUUUGGAUAUUCUGAAAGAUCAAUGGGCGGCAGCAAUGACUCUUCGCACUGUAUUAUUGUCUUUGCAAGCGCUGUUGGCGGCCGCAGAACCAGACGAUCCACAAGAUGCAGUAGUAGCAAAUCAGUACAAACAAAAUCCUGAAAUGUUCAAACAAACAGCUCGACUUUGGGCACACGUGUAUGCUGGAGCCCCCGUUUCUAGUCCAGAAUACACCAAAAAAAUAGAAAACCUAUGUGCUAUGGGCUUUGAUAGGAAUGCAGUAAUAGUGGCCUUGUCUUCAAAAUCCUGGGAUGUAGAGACUGCAACAGAAUUGCUUCUGAGUAACUGAGGCGUCCACUGAGAGCUACUGAGAGAGUCCAGCGCGCCCCUUCUUGAGGAGCAUCACCAUCUGUUAUUUUUAGAAUUCUGCAUAGAUUUCUUUUAAACUGGCAUUCUUGCCUAAUGAUGUGAUCUAGGCACCAUUGGAGACUGAAAAACAAACAAACAAACCUGCUCUGUAAAUAAAGCUAAUUAAACGUCUGUGUAAAUUUAAAAAGGGGAAAUACUUUAAUUUUUUUCUUACUUGAUAGUGUAAAAAUUCUUUGAGCUAAGCUAAAACCAUGGAAAAAACAUGCUACCUUAGCAUUUAGUGGUGUACCAAGACUAGCAAGAGUUUGCUUCAGGAUUUUGUUGACUCAUUAAGAUGCUAUUUUGAGUGUGUCAGGGCCAUUCAAAUUGUUGGUGUUGCAUCACAGCUACCUUAACUGUUUUUAACCUGGACCCUCUGUGCCUGUGAACUUACUUGCAUGCUUGUACUUGACUUCUUAGGGUGGGUAGCUGCAAAGACGACCACCAUUUUAAGCAUUUGAGAAUCUUAGAUAGGAGAUUUAUACAGAAUUGAAGAUGGUGACCUUAUUCAGAACCUUUUGUCCUUGCUGACAGACUGGGACAUCUCACCCCCGUUUCCCCUCUGCCACCCACAGCUGACACUGUUUGAUGAGGAGGUGCGCUGAGGGGCAGUGGCCCUGGCUCCAUUCUUAGGUCAUAGGUUUGGGAUGUUUUCUCACAGUUCUUGAAACACUCUUAAAGCUUUCCUAUGUACGUAAUAAUGUGAAAUGGAGCUGCCAAUUCUAUUUUUCUUGCAAAAACAGUAAAUACUUGAUGUUGCAGUAUUCCCAGACUUAAUGAAAAACAAACCCAGUUUAGUUUACAGUUAAUUUGACAUCUUUCUAUUUUUAAAACUGUCUUCGAUGAAAUUUUCUUUGGAGAACUUGCAAGGAUGCAAUCAACUGCAGUAGUUUUUAUAGCCUAAUUUUGGGCUUUAUAGAGAUUGCUUUAUUGGAUACUUCAAAAAUCACUCUUGCUUGCAUUUUCCCCAUAUGGACACAUGAAAGCUGUGUUGGUGUUUUUCUGUACAUACUUCAAAUGCACAUAGGAAUAGAAGUGUGUUGCAAAUCUAGCUUUCUUUAUGAUGUUUCUGAUAAUAUGAGAAUUGAAAACUUUACCCUCUCUUGUACAUAGUCAGACUUUAUAUCCAUAUUAAAGUUACAUUUCAUUCUAAGUUCAAAGUUUGAAAAUUGUUAGUUUGACAAGCUCAAACACUAAUGUGACCAUUUUUUGAAGAUUGAAGUGACUUAUGCAGGCAGUCCUAUGUGUAGAAAUACAGUGCUUACUAAAUUUUCAGGACCAAUGCAAAAUAACAAAAUUGUAACAAUCAGACUGAAUUAAAGUAAGGCUGUAUGUAGAAAGUCAUAAGGGUUUGUUUUCUUAAAUUGUUAUUUAUCCUAAAUUAUGGUUAAAUGUUUGGUGGAAAAUAAUUUUUUGAACCAUAAAUUCAGCAUAACUUCAUUUGACUUCUCAAUAAUUUUAAUACUAGAAGCAAUAAAAAAUUAUGAAAUACAUUGUAAUGUUAAGGAUGUGAAGGUUCUUCCAAAAUCAUAAGGCUUUUCUAAACAACAGUAAACUCUUGUAGUUGGUAUUAUUGCAUAAUAAAUACAAGUUGCUAUGUUUUUCCCCCCAUAUAUUCAUUUAGGCAUGAAUUUCUUUAUAUACAAUCAUCUCCUUUUAUUGUUGUAGUUUAGUUAUUUUCUAAAGAUGCCAAAGGAAACAAGAUUUUUCUUUAUUUAUUUUAAACAGUUAAAACCUUAUCCUUUAUUUUUCGAAGUUAGGUGGAAGUGUGAAAAUGUGGACAGUUGCUCUGUUAGCUAGGAUUAGUUUUUUUUUAGUGGAGAGUGGCUUGGUAAUAUAAGUAAUAUUUGGAUUUCUUAGUAUUGAAUACAUCUACAUAGUUUACUAUUAUCAGGGUAUAUUUAAUUGUUCUGUGGUUAGACAAAGGAAAGAGAGAACUUGUGAGUUACUUGGCUUUUGGAGGCAGCUGUAUCUUGCCUUUGAUUUUUAUACGUAUUAGUCCCAGAGGGUAACUACUCAUCUAACUGUAAUUUAACAUCCCUAGUGCCCAGAAAAUUGGAAAGCAUGGUGAUAAUACUUGGCUGGCAAGGUUCUCCAUAAUGGGCUUUUUUAAUUAUAAAAUUUUUAUUUACCUCAUUUGCAUUAAUGUGAUAAUCCCACUUUCCUUUCUGGUACGUUUCCCACUGCCCUUUUUGUUAAUGUUUUUCACUUCACUACAGGUUUUUCCCCAGACAUAAAUCAAGGUAACUGCUUUUUUCCCUUCUGAUGUAAAUGUUUAGAACAAAGACAUUUAAGUUGUUAGGCCCAGGAAAGAGGUGCCCUGGUGGAACUUAUUUGUAUAAUUUUCCAUGCUCCCUUCAGUUUUGAAACCUCAAAGAGUAAGAUUAAAACAAUACUGUUAGAUCCCAUUUAGGGCAGGGAGAUGUUCUAGAAGUCUCUAAUGUUCUAAUAGAGUUUGUUUCUGCUUUGUUUUUGUAAGGUUCAUUUUCCUAAGUGUAUGCCUGACUUUUGAAAGAAGAAAUAAUUAGUUGUACAGUAUAUGACUACAGAAUGAAUGAGUAGUAGUUUGUGAUCUAAAUAUGUAUGUAGCAAUAUAUAACUAAAUAUUUGAGGAACAUGGUACUAAAUUAAACGCAUUGAAUUGGCUUCCCCAAA